AUGCAGAUGCAUGACAAGCAAGGAGAAGUGCGUCUCAGGUGUCUGACUGCGCUCCAGGGCUUGUACUAUAACCGGGAGCUCAACACUCGACUGGAGCUUUUCACCAGCCGCUUCAAGGACCGCAUUGUGUCGAUGGCUCUGGAUAAGGAGUAUGAUGUUGCAGUGCAAGCCAUAAAACUUCUGACUCUUGUCUUGCAUAGCAGUGAUGAGGUCCUGACAGCAGAGGACUGUGAGAGUGUCUACCAUCUGGUCUACUCUGCCCAUCGACCUGUGGCUGUGGCUGCAGGAGAAUUCCUCUAUAAGAAGCUCUUCAGCCAUCGAGGUCCAGAGGAGGAAGGGAUGCCCAGGAGGGGCAGGCAGAGCCUCAACGGGAACCUCAUCAAGACCACCGUCUUCUUCUUCCUGGAGAGUGAGCUCCAUGAGCACGGGGCCUACCUGGUGGACAGCCUGUGGGAGUGUGCAGGGGAGCUGCUCAAAGACUGGGAGAGCAUGAUCAGCCUGCUGCUGGAUGAGCCCAUGCCAGGGGAGGAAGCCCUGACAGACCACCAGGAGACUGCCCUGAUCGAGAUCAUGCUGUGUGCCAUCCGCCAGGCCUGUGAGUGCCACCCUCCAGUGGGCAGAGGCACUGGGAAGAGGGUCCUGACAGCGAAAGAAAAGAAAACCCAGCUGGAUGACCGGACAAGAAUCACGGAGAUCUUUGCUGUGGCGUUGCCUCUGUUGUUGGCCAAGUACUCCGUUGAUGCUGAGAAGGUGACCAACUUACUGCAGCUACCGCAGUUCUUUGACCUGGAAAUCUACACCACUGGUCGAUUGGAAAAG